AUGAAAAACAUCAAAGAGUCGGCUCUGGAACUGAUCGGAAACACACCAAUGGUUGCAUUGGACCGGCUAUGGCCCGGACCGGGACGUAUGCUCGCAAAGUGCGAGUUCAUGAACCCCGGGGCCAGCAUUAAGGACAGGACCUCAUUAUCAAUGAUUACUCGGGCGCUCAAAAGGGGAACACUUCAGCCCAACGGCCCGAUCAUUGAGAUGUCGAGCGGUAAUCAGGGCUGCGGUCUGGCAGUGGUGUCGGCCGUAUUGGGUCACUCGUUGACUAUAGCCAUGUCUGCGGGCAAUAGCCCUCAGCGGGCGGUUAUGAUGCGGGCGUUGGGCGCGCGGGUAGUGCUGGCCCCGCAGGUGGAGGGCAGACCCGGUAGCGUCACUCAGGCCGAUGCCAUAGAGACAGAGCUUUUAGCUCAGCAACUGGUGGCCGAAACUCCCGGUGCCUAUUAUGUGGAUCAGUUCAACAACGCGAACAACUGUCGGGCGCACGAAGAGACCACUGGACCGGAGAUAUGGCGCCAAACGGCCGGACAAGUGGGCGCUUUCGUGGCCUGUGUAGGCACUGGCGGUGCUUUUAUGGGCAUUUCUCGGUAUUUAAAGCGACAAAACCCCGGCAUUGUCUGUGUUGUGGCCGAACCGGCCGGCGCUCAGACUAUCAAAGGGCUGGCCAUUGCUGAACCCCGGCACCUAUUGCAGGGCUCCGGCUAUGGAGUGGUUCCCAAUCUAUUCACUUACGACACAAUGGAUGGGACGGUGAGUGUGACGGACGACGAGGCCGUCAAAUACAGGGAUCUGUUGGCCCGUAAAGAGGGUCUGUAUGUGGGCUAUACGUCGGGCGCUAAUGUGGCCGCAGCUGUCAAGUUGUUAGAGUCGGGUCAGGUGCCCGCUGAUGCCUGGGUGGUCACUCUACUCAAUGACACGGGGCUUAAAUAUCCAGAUCAAACACGUAAAGAGUAUGUGGGCUAUACGUCGGGCGCUUAUGUGGCCGCAGCUGUUAAAAUGUUUGAGUCGAAGAAAGUGAAUGGAUGGUCACUCUACUAA